AUGGUUCAGUCUCUUAAAGCUCUUCUGAAGAGACUCUUAGGCAAAUCAUCCUUGACAUUCAGGGAAUUAGAGACAGUCAUAACAGAAGUGGAAGCUAUAUUGAACUCCAGACCUUUAACAUUUACAUACUCGGAUCUAGGAGAGCCAGAAUCUUUGACCCCUGGUCACUUCUUAAUAGGAAGACGAUUACUAUCAUUGCCAAAAGGAAGCUCUAAAUUAACUUCAACAAAGGAGAGUCUUACACGUCGAUUUAGACAUCAACAGAUACUGGUAGAAAGAAUCUGGCGAAAAUGGAGGCAGGAUUAUUUGAUGAAUUUAAAAUCUGCUCAUCAUUCCAAACUGGCGAAAACAGGAACCUGUUUGAAUAAAGGAACUAUUGUAUUAGUGCAUGAAGAUAAAAUUCCACGGCUGAUGUGGAAGAUGGGCAUCAUAAUGGAAGUCUUUCCUGGGAGAGAUGGCAAAGUGAGAGCAUGUGCUGUCCGCUUGCCCAAUGGACAUACGAUUAAAAGACCAGUGCAAUUACUAUAUCCGGUGGAGCUGGAAUGUAAUAAGGACAAUUACAGAUCACGAGAACUCGGAACUGAGAAGUCGCACGCUGCGUCGUGCGAACAUUUAAACCUUUCAUUGUGUAAAUAUUCUGUAACCGUUUGCGUCUUCAUUAAAUAUGUUUGUGUUAAGAAAGUUUAUCAUUUAUGGAUUAUACUUUCAAGAUUUGCAGAUAGAGUCCCUGAGAAGAAUGCAUCCAGUGGCCCUGGCCGAACCCAUUGGAACAAGGUUGAAUUCGAUGACGUCAUAGCAGAACCUGAAGGAACAUACUCAUUUGAUUGUGUAUGGAAGAGUUCUCAUCGACUUUUCACGUGCACCAAGAACUGUUGUUACAAAUCCCUCACCGUCAUCUGCGCACUGCCCAUUGCAUUCAUUGUGGGUUGCUCGUUUGCCUGCCUCACUUUUCAACACAUCUGGUGCAUUGGUCCAGCGCUUCGACAUUGGCGCAUGAACUGCUAUGUUGUUCGCCAGUACCUGUCUGCCAUACUAGAUUCCUGCAUGGGUCCUUGUUGUAGUGAAAUGGGCAUGUGCUUGAGCCGCAUACGAAUAGGCAGAUAUCAGCUGACUUCUACGGAAGUAGUAUGAAUCUUUCAAACUAUUUGAUGUUAGCAAGCAUUAAGUACGACUGGCUAAUGUUAUGCACUUCUGCAUAUUUGUUUCUUUGCUAGUGAUGGGUAUCAACAUUCUCCCCUUUUACAUAGUCUAGAAAUGUAUGCACAAUACUCUUGCUUUUAACUCCAUGCAAAAGGACAAUGCAAGAAUGAUAAUCUUCUGUAAUGUUUAAAGUAAGCAUAUGAAAGCUGCUUGCACAGCAGCUCAUCUUGUUCUUCUACGAGAAAAUUAUUAUUAUAAAGGUUACUUCGAGUUAAUUAAUUCGCAAAUUUUGGAAUCCCCGUUAAAUAAUCUUUGCCUUACUUAUUUAUACUUGUUUGAAAGUUGAAAGUGUAAUCAAAUUAUGAGACUGUAGGAAAUAGUUCUCACAUAAUUCUUAAUUCCGAGUAAAGAACGCUAAAUCUCUUUUUUAGAAAACUUAAAUGAGAGAAUUACACUACUUCUUCAAAACAAAAAGUGAGCUAUAAGGCGGUACUACUUUAUGAUUAAUUUGGAUUCUCACCUGAAAUUCUCCUAUAGCAUUAAACGGCAAUCGAUACUUAUGAUAGUAUAAAAUAAAAUUCAUUUUAUGGCUGUAGUGCGGAGCUUUCAGAUAUAAAUUUUAACAUUGUUAGAAAGCAUGGUUUAUAAAUGUAGUUCAAAUUACGAACAUGAAGUAUCUGGUUACGAUAUCAGCCAAAUGAUAGCAGUUCAAAUUUUGUUCCCUUAUUAAUAUUUUAUAGCAAAAAUUGCAAAAAACUAUUUAAAUUUCUAAAAUCUGUUUAAUUUCGAAGAGAAUAUCGGGGAACAAUAAGUUAAAUUAUUAUUUAAAACUUGCAAAAUAGCACUCAGUCACAAAUCAUGAAUUCAUAUCUCAAAAUAUCGAGUACCAGAAUAAUAUGGUAUACAGUUAGAAUAUUUAUACAUCCAUUAAAAGGAAAAAGUGUCUGAUUAAAUUGAGGAUCUUUAUGCUUCAUUCCUUUUAAGUACAAAUUUAACAAUUUAUGAAAAAAGUAUUGUUAACCAAAUAAUUUGUUGAAUUUUUUAAAAAGUGAUACGUUUAUAAAAAUAAAAUUUAUUUUUGACUACUUAAGAGCAGAUUUUAUGUAUUAAAUAAUGUGCUUUGUGUAUUAAAUAAUGUGCUUUGUGUAUUAAAUAAUGUGCUUUGUGUAUUAAAUAAUGUAAGAUUUGAAAAAUA